AUGGCAAGAAUCAAUUCUCUCAUCACCAGUACAAGAAGAAGAAAGACACUCUCAAUUGAUAGUAAUGGAAAGUCAAUAAUAUUCGAACAAGCAAUGCCAAACAUUGCUUCUAAUCCAACAACCAUAGAUGAAGAACUUGCAGAUAGUAAUACUAAUUCUCCGAACAAACAAUCAGAACAGCAACCACAACCAACAACACCUAGGAAAGUGGAAUUUAAAUUUGAUAUCAAUGAACAACAACAACAACAACAACCAACAACAGAGAAUACCUUCUCAGAUACUGAAUCGGAUGUUGGAAGUCUAUAUGAUAUUGAAACUUCUAUUAGCAAAUCCAUAAUUAAUCAGCUGAAAAUUCUGAAUAUCCUAAUUUCCAACAAAUUCAUAUUCAUCCUCUAUUUUGCAGUGUUGAGCUGUCAUGUACUAUUGUGGUUAGUAUUGGGUGGUAUAGAAGAGGGAAUCUAUCAAUCUAAUCCAUCACAAUCAAGGAUUUUUGCUGGUUUCCUCCACUUUACAAGUGGUUGUGUUGUGAAUAUUAAUGGUGUGGUUGUAGUGAUUUGUCAGGCAGUUCUCUACUUGAUAGCUGAAAUCAUCUUGCUGAUUUUGCACUUCAUCUCUGAGAGGGAUACUUACUACAUUAAAUUGGAAACAUUCAUAGUUGUUGGAAUGCAAGUGGGAGUGACUCUGAUAUUUGGAUUGAGUUAUAUUGGAGCCAUCAAUCGGUACACUGAAUACUUCUAUGCAGGUGGUAAUAUCAUUGCUUCCUUUGCAGUUCUGGAAUUGUUGGUGAGUAAUUUCCUUCCUCUCGUCCUCUCCUAUUAUAAUGAUAGUAGAAUUGUUUCGUCGAGGAAAUCCACUGCUGCUGCAUCAGAAACAAUAAGGAGAAUGACAAUGGAUGAUACUCAACCACAACAAACAUCACCUAUUGCUGCUGAUGAUGAGGAGAAUCAAAUAGGAGGAAUUUCUGAUAAUAAGGCAGAAGAUAGAGGAAGUUUAUAUGGAAUUUUGGAUGCUGCUUCCACUUCUGCUAUUCUCAUCUUGUUGAGACACAAAAAGUAUAGUGAGCAAUUCUUAUUGUAUGCUCAGAGAAGUUAUUGUCCUGAGAAUAUACUUUGUUGGAGAGAUAUCGAAGCCUACAAGAAAGUAAAGAAAGAUGCAAGUAGGAGAAGAAUUGGGCAAUUCAUCUUGGGAACCUACUUAAUUCAUCACUCACCAUUAGAAUUGAAUAUUAGCAAAGAGGAUAAGAGGGUUCAAGAGAUUGAACAAGUGCUGACGAACAAAUCGCUUCCUCUCCGUGCCGAUCUCUUCGAUUUCCUCCAACUUCAUUGUCUACUCAACAUGUUGGAUAUUUUCGAGCGCUUAAAAUCUAGUAAUAAGGAAAUUAGAGAGUAUUUGAAAGGAAGUAAGGCAGCAACCCCCUCGACGGGUAAUUUAAAUUAA